GUUAUUAGAGUUACAUUUCCUAAUAAUGACCCAGCACUAGAGCGACACGUUUGUUGGUUAGUGUGACGAAGCGAAAUGAUAGCGUGGUUCCUUGUUACUGCUCUUGUUGCACGAUAUAACUUGAAGUGAUAUAACAGUUGUUAAAAAACUGAAACAUUACUGAUCAUAUGCUGCAGCCACUACGCAUAUUCUUUGAAGAACUUAUCAGACCAUUAGUACUAUAUCCACCACAAGCUAACCCUUCAUUUAGGGAAAAAAUGGCAAGUCACAACAAUGUUGGUACUAGGCCUCGUAAGAGGGGUAUGCCAAUGGGAACACUAGACCACACAGACUUGGAAGCUGAUUCGUUCCCUCACAUGCCAUGGAGUGCACCUGCUGAGAAAGAUUAUCUCAGUGAGACUGAAAAGCCAUCUUACUCACCUGGAAUUCAUGGAGACUUGAAAAGCAUCAUACUUUUGAUAUUUUUAUAUGUUCUUCAGGGAAUUCCACUCGGACUGGCUGGGAGCAUUCCCAUGCUGCUGCAAAGUAGGAAAGUGACUUACACUCAGCAAGCUAUGUUCAGUUUUGUUCACUGGCCUUUCAGCAUCAAGCUUCUGUGGGCUCCAUUGGUAGACUCAUUAUAUGUGGCCAAGUUUGGGCGUCGGAAGACGUGGAUGAUCCCAACCCAGUACCUCAUAGGUUUAUUUAUGUUAGUAUUAUCCUACCAGAUCAAGAGCAUUAUGGGCGAAGCAGAAGAAAAUGGGGAAGUUAGUGUGCUAUUUCUAACUGUGAUCUUCUUCAUGCUAAACUUUUUAGCUGCCACUCAAGAUAUCGCAGUUGAUGGCUGGGCAUUGACUAUGCUAUCCAGACAGAAUGUUGGAUGGGCCAGCACUUGCAAUACAAUAGGACAGACUGCUGGUUACUUCUUAGGCAACGUACUUUUUCUGGCCCUGGAAUCUCCUGAUUUUUGCAACAAUUACCUGCGAUCAGAGCCACAGAAAGAUGGUCUUGUUACACUUGGAGGUUUUCUAUAUUUUUGGGGCAUUGUGUUUUUUAUCACUACAACACUGGUGGGCAUUUUCAAGCCAGAACAUGCAGAUCCUGAUGUUGAUCCAGAACAAGGCAUUGUGGACACUUACAAGACAUUAUUCAGAGUUAUCUGUCUGCCAGCUGUCAUCUCAUAUGCCAUAAUUCUUCUCACAGCAAAAGUCACAUUUUCUGCAGCUGAUGCAUUAACAAGUCUGAAGCUGAUAGAAUCUGGAAUGCAAAAAGAACGACUGGCACUGUUUGCUGUGCCUAUGAUUCCCAUUCAAAUUAUACUCCCUCUAAUGAUCUCGAAGUAUACCAACGGUCCACGACCUAUGGACAUUUUUCUAAAAGCUUAUCCAUACAGAGUCCUGAUGGGUCCUGUAUAUGCACUUCUGGUAUUCUGGUCACACUAUGUACAGACAUCGCCAGGAGAGUUUCCAUGGUACUUUUAUGCUAUUCUGCUUAUCGUCUAUGGUAUACACCAGAUAUUUGUAUACAUGAUAUUUGUAGCACAAAUGGCAUUUCAUGCCAAGAUCAGUGAUCCAGCUAUUGGGGGCACGUACAUGACCUUGUUAAAUACACUUGCAAACUUAGGUGCCAACUGGCCUGCUACACUAAGCCUGUGGUUUGUUGAUCUUGUCACCUACAAGCACUGUAGUGAAACGGGUGAACCCUGCACAUCAAAGGAAAUGAAAAACAUAUGCACUGGUGCUGGGAAUACAUGUGAAACCACUACAGAUGGCUACCAGAUUUUGAUACCAUUUUGUUUUCUUGUUGGCUUUCUGUGGCUGGCAUGGCGGAGAGACAAACUGAGACAACUUGAUAGCUUACCCGAGGCAGCAUGGAAAUGUUCCUAAAGGUGUAAGAGCACCUAAGUCUGUGGUUCUGAAUACAGCUUAUCUCUUAAGCUUUGUGUUGACUUGUUGUCAUUGGUAAACUUUUUUUUUAAAAGACCAAAAGAAGGGAGUAUAUGAAAGCAGAAGGUUGAAAUAUUUUGUUCGAAAUUAAAAAAAACUUUUCUUAAUGUUGGGGUAAGGGUUGAAGGGGUCCCUGACACCUUAGAGCAACCUACAGCCCCCCGGUACACAUCUGGCCCGCUCAUUUUAACCAAACAAAUAACUUCAUUGUUAAUGUCAUGAUUCUGGCAAAAGCACCAUGUUCUGGCCCGCAAGAUUUUAUAUCAUGUCCAGUGUGGCCCUCCGACGAGAAAAGGUUGGACACCUGCCUUAGAAGUUUGGGGGAGAAAGGCAGUGAUGGAGAGGAGAGAAGCAUAACCAGCACGAGAGCUUGGCCUCAAGAUAUGUGCACCAAAACCUCUCUAUCCCCUACAACUGAAGGGUUAUGGGAUUACAAUUUACCUUUUUAAAGUGACAAGAAUACAUUGGCUUUAGUAGCUUGAUGUUCUUUUUGGUUCUAUUCGUAGCAUUCUUCCCAUCUGAAAUCUUUAAGAUAAAUUGAAAGUAAUAAGUAAAUGAAUAAUAGCAUGCAUUAACACCAUAUAAAUCAAAAAGUGGGGGUAAUGAAACUUGAUUGUUCAUACUUUUUGUGCAUUUGUUUCAACUGGUACUUCAAACUGAUGUGCCUUCGGUAUAUUUGCUGAAAACUGAUGUUUCCAUCUGUUGUACUUGUUUACAGAGUGUUUCUGCCACUGACCCUUCUGGUAUAAUAUGUAUAAAAAUAUAUAUAUAUUUUGGGAAUUAGCAGUGAUCUGGAAAUAUUUUGCUUUCUGUCAUCUGAAACUCUUCUCAGCACUGUUUACCAAAUUGUGUAUGCAUGGUGUGUUUGUGUGCGUGUAUGUAUGCACAUUCAGACUUAGAUCUACAUCAAGACAAAUGCCAUACUUUGACAACUAAGUGUUUUACUCAUUUCUCAUAUUUUAGAGAGUCAUAUGAAGGGUUCAGUAUAUACACCAAUCUACAGUUUUAUCAGUAAAAUCUUUCCAAGUGAGAACACUUCUUUGUUUUUGAAAGUUUCCAAGGACUAGAUGUUAUACUAAUCAUUUCCUUGAUCUUACACACUCUUUGUGACAACAAGUCUUAAAAAAAAAAAGAAGAAAAAGGUCUUGUGACAUGAUGUAGUCACUAUUAAUCUGCUUCAAUGUUGCAUUAAUGAUCUUUAGGACCAUAGGAAGCAUUGCCCCACAAAGUAAGCAUCUUGUUUCCAUAGUUAAAAGCAGUGUCAAGAGGCCACGUUUCAUUUGCGCCACAAUUAUGCCUCCACAAGAUUGAAUGCUUGACUAAGCUUAUCGUUUUCUAGAUAAUUUAUGGGUGGUGUAGAGGUUCAUGUAGAAGCCUAUUUGGAAGGGUGCAUACCUAUAUUAUAGAUAACCAGCUUAUUCUGAGACUGGAGAAUUACUUUGUUCAUAAGACAGCUUUCAUUUUACUUAAGAUCUCCCAGCAAUAUAGGCAUUGAAGCUAGUGAUGACUAAAAACCAUUUUCAUAAACACAUUGUGCUAUGUAAGGGCAUUCUUCUCUUUUUUGUUUUACUGGGGGCACUGGCAGUGUAGUGAUUAAAACACUCACUUGUCACCAUUGCGGAGAGAGGCCCUGGGUUAAGAUCAUGUCUUCAGAGUCAGAGGUCAGCGGUUUUCUUUGGGUAUUCUGGUUUCCUUUCCCCUACUCCCCAUACAGUGCAAAAUCACCUCGAGGGGGAAGCACUUGUCCACCAAAGAAACCAUUUUGUUUACAAUGUUUUAUUAAUAUUUUCUAUUAUUUAUUAUUAUCCAUGAUCUUUUUCAUGCCUUAUUAUCAUGAUACUUGCUGGUUCUGUACAAAUCCCUCCAUCUAUGACAUUCAUUUUGUGAUUGUGAACAUCAGGCAUGUUUCAAAGGAAUCAUUGCUAUUGAACAUUCCUGACAACUUUAUGAAUAAACAAUGUUCCAUUGAAGAUCA